CCUGCAGCCGCCUCGCUCUCGUGAGGUUAUCGUUGCCCACGUGUUCAUGACGUCAGAGCAAGUCGGGAUCAAGUCGGACACAAAUCUAACCGGCAUGCAUUGUGCGGCGGUCGCCGGUGAUCGAUUCUGCGCAGGACUGGCUUAUCUCGAACGAACCUAUUGUGUUGCAGAGAUAUCUAUUGAAGGGAACAUGCUGACCAGCUGGCCCCGCCCCACGCCCAUCCAUUGUAAUACCACUUGUACCUCAAGAGGCGACAAGGCGCCCUCAGCAGACGUCAAGCUGGCGACCGUAGCAGGAAAGAAGGGCAAGAAGGCCGAGGAGGAGGAGCAGCCUGCAGCACCUGCUGCAGCUGCUGCUGCUGCAGCAGACGCAGCACCACCAGCAGCUCCAGCAGCAGCAGCAACAGCAGCAGCAGCACCACCAGCACCGGCAGCAGCAGCAGUAGCAGGAGCUGCUGCAGCACCCGAGGAGGAGGAAGAGGAGGAGUAUGUGGUGGAGAAAGUGUUGGACCGCCGGGUGGUGAAGGGCAGAGUAGAGUUUCUGCUGAAAUGGAAGGGCUUCUCAGAUGAGGAUAACACAUGGGAGCCGCAAGACAACCUGGACUGCCCCGACCUCAUCGCCGAGUACAUGCAGAAACACAAAGAGAAGGAAGAGAAGAAGAAGGAGGGCAAGAGGAAAGUCGUCAGCGAGGCCUCCGGAGACUCAGAAGAGCGAGGGAGCAAGAGGAAGAAGGAGGAGGGGGAGAAGGCCAGAGGUUUUGGCAGAGGUCUGCAGCCAGAGAGGAUCAUUGGAGCGACGGACUCCAGCGGAGAGCUGAUGUUCCUCAUGAAGUGGAAGAACUCUGACGAGGCCGACCUGGUCCCCGCCAAGGAGGCCAACGUCAAAUGUCCCCAGGUGGUCAUCUCUUUCUACGAGGAGCGCCUCACCUGGCACUCUUACCCCACAGAGGAGGAGGAGAAGAAAGAGGAGGAGAAAAAGGACUAAAUGAGUGGUGGUGGUGGAGAAGGAGGAGGUGGAGGAGGAGGAAGUGCAAAGAUGAAAAAGAGAGUGUUGAGGUGCGGGGCAGGAAAUCAACAAUUUGCUGGUUAACGUUGAAUUGCUGGGGAUUGAUUGUAGAAGCCACUUUGGGAUAAAAAUCCCACCCGGCUGGGAUCGAACCGCCAACGUAGCUGACCAAGGAGAGACGUUUGUUUUCCUGCCCUGAGAGGAGACGGCCGUACUUUCCUCCCACCCGUAUCUCGACUGAAAAUGUAAAAAUCUGUUCUCUUUGUGCCACCCGGGUUUCUCAUUUAUUUUUUCUACGUGACGCCGUUCUCCAAUCGGAACUCUCAAACGCCAAACAUGGUCUGUACAUUCACUCUUGACGUGGACGCGUCGGCAGAGACAGGUCAUAGUCCACCUGAAAAGACUUUUGUCCCUGCGUCCUACCAGCCAACGCGGCGGCCAACCAGCCAGUGUUCUAAAUGCCCGCACCAGAAAGCCUCGCUUCCUGUUUACUUAUUUUUAUUAAAACUUAAAAACAAGUCUGUAUUUUAUCGAGCCGUUAGUUUGAGGUUUUGUUCUUAUUUGGUGGCGGCUCAGAGGCAAACCUGUGGCAAACCGCAGUAUUUAGUAGGAAGCAAAAUGACAUCCUACAGAAGUAAUGACCAUAUGUGCGUGUACAGACUGUUCAUUCCCCAGCAGCUGUGGUUGUUCUGACUCCCAAACCUCUCAAGGCAUUUUAGCUAUUUUAUCGAGUUCUUUUUUAAAUGGAACCAAGGCUGGUUGGACAGCUGAACACUCGGGCCGUAGAGGUGUAUAAAAUCAGCAUCCAGCAGGUUAUCAUUUCCCACACCGACGGUGACGAGCACACUGGACGACUUGAGGCGAAAAGUGGUCUUCCUUUAACCUUUAUCACCAUUCAGACAGAAUGACAUCUAACAGCCAGAGUGGACAUCGUGCUGCAGGUCUCCACCUCCAAACAUGGAGCUUGUCUGCGUGGCGCUUAUGGUUAAUGAAAUCCUUCCGGCUUUUUGCCUCUCCUUCCGGUUCCUUAUCCCUGAUGUUUAUUUUAUUUUAUGCGAUACCUCUGGAAAUGAGAUACCGUGUAAUAUAAAAGCCAGAGUUAAUGUCUCCUUUUUUUUUUUUAUUUACAAGUGGAACCUUUGUUAAUGAUUCCAAACUGCAAGAGAAGGUAAACAAUGCGUGAUCUAUUUAAUGAGCUGCCGUUAACAAGCUUUUUCUGGUGCCCAAUCAGCAAGUUCAGCAGUUUAAACUUCAAGCGAACCGUCGCAUUAAAAGGAGUCUGAACAAGAGAACCGUCGGUGUGGCAAAUUGCCGAGUCGUGUGUCGGGGACUUGUCAGCUCUAGUUUGUGCGUUCACCUGCUCUGCCAGUCAUGUUGGAGCCAAUGAUCGCGCUUGGCCAACGGAGAAAGCGACGAUAAACAAAUCUAACUAGGUUUUUACUGCUAACGUCAAGAGGCGGCAAUCGAGAGCGCGGGAAAUAUCCUCAUUUCCACUCUUCGGUUUUUUAAAACCUUCACGCACACACUCCGCUUACAUGUGUGUGUUACGUUUUCUAGACUUUGUUAUUUUUAGCUUGCACCGGCCCGGGCGACACUCAAGACAUGAGCAUUCAGCACGCUCGGAGCAUUCGUCCGUUUCCCCGGCUCGCUAUGUUUAACAUGCGUGUUUGCAUCUGUAUAAUUAAACGGCAUUGAACUUUGAACUAAGCAUGAUUAACAUUACCACAUGAGUGUUCUCUCUCCACUGCUUGAUGUCCGUGUGUUGAAUGUUGCCCGGCGGUGCUUAUUUCUAUGUAUACUGUAUUCAAACUAGCAUAGUAGCUUCCUCUGUUAGCAGACCCGGGGUUAGCUGGUUCAGACACCCUUUUUGCUUUGGGUGGCCUUUUGCUGCUGGAACUGACCUCGAACAGAGAAAUUCUAUCGUAAUGGAUCCAUUAGUUUCCACUGGAUAUUAUCAUGUUUCAACUCUUAACACGGCAGCAUAUUUUUUUUUUAAUAUUUGCCUUUUUUGUGUUAUUUUAAUGAGCCACUAACUCUGACAUGGGAUGAAAGACACUUACAAACUCAAAGGGUCCAAUUCUUAAAAGUGGCGACUAUAGGACGGUAAACAUAUCAAAACUACCAAGUACAUCGUUCAACAGAGGCCAGGCGUUGAAAGGAAAAACACGCACACUUUACCAAGAACACGUCUAUGAUGUUCUCGUCUCCUUCAGAGGCUGUUUUAGUUAGUUUCAAAGUUAGUUUGCUCAGCUGUGAAUAGCUUCUAGCAUUUUAAAGCCUCUAGCAUUGCUUAUGCUGUUACUGCUGUACGUUAGCAUCUCUAUACUGGGUCUCAGCCUGCCCUCUCUACUGUUUGUUUUCAAACAAAAACCUGAAGGUUUUUUUGGACGUCUGGUCUUUGGGACGUUUCUUAUUUCUUCACCAUGUACAUCAGUAUUAUGAGUAUAGUCCUCCACCCUGACUGCCUUAUGUUAUACUUCCCUAUUGCCAGGAAGGGAUGGACUCAGUUGCACCCGGGUCUGCUAGUUAGCUUUUCUAUAUCGUUCAUGAAAUGUUUCUCUGUAUCUAGCGGAUGGGCUUGUGUCGUCCUGUUGCAUGUUUAUCGGUUUCCCUUUGCGAUGUCACUGUCAUGGCCGAUCUACUUUUACUCGUCUGUUUUGAACAAUAAAGGGUUU